AUUGUUGAUAUUGUAAAUCGGUAUCAUAUUCACUUGGGAUAGGUUAAUCAUUGAAAGUGAAAACUUGUGAAACAUAAAUGUUUAAUGACAAUCUAGGCCUAAACAGAAAUAUAUAUUUUUAGGUUUACAUUUACAAUAAGUUUGUUUUGUUUUUUAAAAUCUUAGUUCCAACUUUUGUUUAAUAGUUUUUAUUAAAUAUCAUUUUUAUUUUUGGUUCGCGAUUAAAGCCAAGUUAUAGAUACAUAAGUUACCGUAGCCUACAUAUUCAAAUAUCCAAAAUGGGCCAAUUCGAUAUUCAAGGCUAGAUAGAUUUAUCAUCAUUAUCAGUUCAUAGUCUACCCAAUUAUUCACAUGGAUCCAUUUUAUGAAGCACUCAGUCUUUUCCGUAGGCAGAAAUUUGAAGAUUGCUGUACAAAAUGUACAGAGCUUCUAGAACUCAACCCAAGAGACCAGGCUAUUUGGGCAUUGAAAAUGAAGGCUUUGACCGCUCAGAUCAUGGUUGAUGAUAUUGAAGCUGAGGAAGAAGGUAUUGCUGAGACCGCUUUUGACAUGGACACACUAGCUCAAGCUCCUCGACCUGGCACUUCACUGCGCACUGCUGCCAACCCCCAGACCACUGGACAGGGCUUUCGGCCCCGAGGAGAGACAGGUCGGCCAGUGAGUGGAGUCGUCCGGCCAAACACUCAGAGUGGUCGAGCUACCAGUUUAGAAGCUGCGUUGAGAACCCCUCGUACCGCUCGGUCUGCGCGGCCAUCCACUUCACAAAACGCUCGAACUGUCCGGCUUGGCACUGCCUCCAUGAUGAGUCAGCCAGAUGGUCCUUUUAUUCAGGUCGCUAGACUUAAUCUGCCAAAGUAUGCUGCCGACGAAAAGCUAGCCAAACCUCUGUUUCAAUACAUUUUCUAUCAUGAAAAUGAUGUCCGCAACGCUUUGGACCUAGCUGUUGAAGCCACCAAAGCAGCUCAGUUCAAGGACUGGUGGUGGAAAGUACAGUUAGCUAAAUGUUAUUUUCUGCUCGGACUCUUGCGAGAUUCAGAACAGCAACUUCGUUCUGCCCUUAAACAACAACCUACGAUUGAAGGAUUCCUGCGCAUCGCAAGAGUUUACAUCCGUUUAGACCAGCCUCUCAGCGCAGUAGAUAUUUGUCGAUCUGGUUUGGAAAUAUUUCCCAAUGAGGUCACGUUGAUGACGGAAAUUGCAAGAGUCCUAGAGGGUCUCAACAAUAUUCCAGCUUCAGUGAAGUACUACAAGGAGAUUCUUCAAAAAGAUGCCACUAACAUAGAAGCAAUUGCUUGCAUCGCAGUGAACCACUUUUAUGGCGACCAACCCGAAGUUGCCCUGAGAUUUUACAGGAGGCUGCUUCAGAUGGGUCUGUACAACACCGAGUUGUUCAACAAUCUUGGUUUGUGUUGCUUCUACUCACAGCAGUAUGAUAUGACUGUCAGCUGUUUUGAGCGAGCUCUCAGUCUCGCCAUAGAUGAAACGGCAGCAGACGUUUGGUACAAUAUUGCCAAUAUUGCAAUUGCCUUGGGAGACUUGAAGCUGGCCUCUCAGUGUCUGCGACUAGUGUUGUCUGUUGACUCUAGUCACGCCCCCACCUACAACAACCUCGGUGUGUUGGAAUACAGGCGGGGCAACACGUCCCAGGCGAGGGCUAUGUUCCAGGCGGCAGGUGCUCUCGCCCCCUACCUCUACGAACCUUUCUACAAUGGCGCUCUUAUUGACAAUGGGGUUGGUGACCUCCAAUCCAGUUAUGUGGCUGUGCAGAAAGCACUUCAGGCUUACCCAGGUCACAAAAGUUCAGCUGACUUGCUCAAUGACCUAAAGAAGCAUUUUAACAACAUCUAAACUAGAUGUAGUAGCUCUAGAUGCCGUUGGCCAUCUGUAAAUAUGAGGCUUGUUCGUUGAUUGAGAUCACGAACAAGCUCUUGUGGCUAAGCAAGCUAUUUCAAAUCUGAGAUCAGCUCCGUGGUUUUUUCACUUCAUCCACUACUAUUCCAGCUGAUUCCCACCCCUCUACAAGUUUCGUUAGAGGAGCCGAAAACUAUAUGACA